ACGAGAAUGCCGUUUACAUCGUUGGCAUUCGUCAGUACGUAGAAGGCGCUUUCUUAUUGGUCGAAUCGAACGUUACGUUGCUGUAGAGAAUCGACAUUUAAACUUUUAAACUGUUUAACCACGUGAUUUUUUUUUUGUUUUUGAUAAAUAGAAAAGAAAAUGGUCGAUUAGAAGCUUGCUUGUCAAGUUGAAUGGAUUUUUUUUUACUUAAAUAAUCGUUAUUGAUUCGAUUUUAUAUGUGUUUUAAUCGAUUUACAUGUACAAAAUUUAGAUAAAGAUGGGAGUCAAUCACCUGUGGGAUAUUCUCGCUCCCGUCGGACAGAGAGUACCACUGGAAGAACUGCAGGAUCAGACCGUGGCCGUGGAUCUCAGCGGAUGGAUUCUCGAGAGCAAUAGGCAGAAAGAACUGGCCGCCAACAUAAAAAAGCCACACAUUCGGAAUCUAUUUUUUCGCAUAUCGUGUAUGUUACAUCUUGGAAUAAAACCGAUAUUCGUGUUGGAAGGCAUUGCACCGAACGUAAAGAAAGAUACGCUGUCUCAGAGACAGAAAUCCAAUGACCGGACAUCUUCAUCACUCUGUUCCAGAAAACACUUUACAUCCAUAUUGAGAGAGUGUAGAGAAUUGAUAGAGAACUUGGGACUUGUGUGCAUUCAAAGUUGUGGUGAGGCAGAAGCUACAUGUGCAUUUCUUAAUAGCAAAAAGCUCGUGUCCGGAUGCGUCACGGAUGAUAGCGAUGCUUUCCUUUAUGGCGCAAGGACCGUCUACAGAGAUUUCAGCACCACUCCAACGGAUCCUCAUGUUAUAGCGUACAGCAUGGACGACAUCGAAAAUAAACUGAAUCUCGAUCGUAGGAAAUUAGUGGCCCUGGCGGUAAUUCUGGGUUGCGACUACCAUCAGACGGGCAUUCCUGGUAUCGGGAAGGAGAAAGCUAUGAAAUUGUUAGAGAAAUUGAAAGACGUCGAUAUAUUAGACAGAUUUCACCAGUGGAAGAAUGGUGACGUGUUUGCUUCCAUAGACACUUCCUUACUGACUAAGAAAAGUCUAACACAUUGUAAUAAAUGUAAUCAUCCAGGAACCAACAGAAAGCAUUCCACAUCUGGUUGCCAGUUGUGUAAAACCAAAGUCUGCUGCCUGGACAACAAGGUACUACCUUGUCCGUGCGAGUGGCACCGGGCCCACGAGAUGGAUUUGGAAUUUAACGUAUCGAGAAAGGCACUGGAAGAUCCGAACUUUCCCCACAGAAAUAUCACGGAAGAGUAUCUCGGAUUUGCGGACAGCUUUGACAGCAUCCCGCUACAGUGGAAUAGACCGAGUUUGACAAGCUUACAGAACUUCAUGUCUAGCAAAUUAGGUUGGACAGUAGAAGCGAUCAGAGAAAAAGUCGUUCCUCUCAUUACGUUGUGGCAAAUUACCACACCCGAGGAUGCCGAAUUUGUGGAUUCAAAUAUUUUCAAACCAGUUCGGAUCGUAAAAGAAUGUAAACGAAAAUUCCAGAGAUGCGUAAUUGUAGAGUGGGAGUGGAUCAACAAAAGCGCCGAAUAUGCCAAUGAAACUACAACGGAGCCGAGAGAACUUUUUGAAAGAAAAUAUCCGAAGCUGAUGAUCGAUUACGAAACAGAAUGCAAUAAGAAAGCAAAGGAGAAAAACAAGUCAAAAAGAAAACAAGUCAACAACGAUCCAAAACAGUGGGAGGUAAGAUGCGAUAAGAACUUGAUAGACUUACGUAAAGACUUGGAAUUAAAGUCAGAAGGAAGUAGACGAGGGUUGAAGGAAAUAGAUAUUAAUGCUCUACAAAAUACAAAAGAAAUAUCGGCAACAAAAACAAACAAGGAUAGCAAUACAUUUAAAGCUCAUACGGAAGUAGAAUGGAGCAGAUACAAGCAUAAGUCAAAACGGGAACUAAUUGAUUGUAUCCUAGAUGAUGAUGAUGAUGAUGAUGAUGAUAGUCUGUCCGACGAAUCCGUGGAACUGUCGAGAGAACAUUCAGAGCCUUAUCACGGCAAUAACUCGAAAGCUUUGCAGGUCGAUAACUCAAUUAUAGUUAUAGAUUCUCCUAACAAAUCGUGCCAAGUCAUAAUUAUAGAUUCAGAUGAUGAGUCUAGUGAGGAAAUAGAAAAGAAAGUUUCAUCACAUAAGAGAAGUAAGGAUAAGGAGAAUAUGCUUGAUUUCAGUCCUCUACCGCUACGUGAUAGAUUAAAAAUUUUAAAAUUAUAAAAAUCACAAAGUUUCUGUAAAGGCGAUGAUCUCUGGAAUGCAAAUUCUGACGACAUCGCCACGAGAUUUCAAUUAGAGCAUUAAAAAAUUUAAUGUCUGUUUUCAGAUAACCAAAUUCUUCAAGGCUUCGACAACAACUUGAAGAUUUUUAUAAUUUUUUUUUAUUGCUUUAAUCUGCAUGCAUUAUUGUCCUAUUAAUAAAAUU